CAUUUCUUAAGUCUUGUCCCAUUUCCCCCUCUCCUCAUUCAUUUCUUUUUAUUAAUUAACAGGAGAUCAGAAUGGACAUUCAAGGCCUCUACCAGCUUUUCCAGGCGACUUUCCAGCCCGAUCCUAAUCUACGGAUGCAGGCGGAACUAAAGCUGAAGCAGCUGGAGAAUACACAGGGAAUACUCAUUCAAUCUAUGCAGAUUGUUGGUGCUGAAGAAUCUGAGAUCCAUGUUCGUCAGGCUGCUUCCAUCUACUUCAAGAACGCGGUCAGACGCUAUUGGUACGAGCCAGAGCAGGACAAUACGGAUCACCUCAAGAUCGCAGAGGCUGACAAGGAUACCAUCAAGUCAAACAUCUUGCAACUUCUUGUCUCCGCCCCUCCCCUUGUUCGCACACAGCUGAUUACUGUCUUAGGCACAAUCUUGUCUAACGACUUUCCUCAAAAGUUUCCUGGCUAUCUCAACACUGUCCAGACAUUACUUCAGUCUCAAGACCAUAAGAUUGUCUUUGUUGGCCUUAUUGCUUUGAAAGAAGUCCUCCGCGUCUACAAAUUUAAAAUCGAGGAGCGCGAGCCACUGGAUGAGAUUAUUUCGACUUUCUUCCCUGCGAUUCAACAGAUCGGAGCAGGACUGAUAAGUGCUAAUAAUGUCGAAGCUGCAGAAAUGCUCAAACUGAUCUUCAAAUGCUACCACUAUACCAUCCAGGUUGAUCUUUCAGAACGCCAGCGAGACACUGCUUCAUUGAUUCCGUGGGGGACUCUGCUUCUUCAAAUGGUCGAGAAACCUGUCCCCACAGAAGGCCUUCCUACUGACCCUGAAGAGCUAGAGAAGCACCCUUGGUGGAAGGCCAAGCGUUGGGCUUAUCAGUGUUUGAACCGUCUUUACACUAGAUACGGAAACCCUGUAUCCUUGCCUGCAGAUUCCAAAUUCAAACCUUUUGCCAAGACAUUUGUUUCCAACUUUGCACCCAAUAUUUUGACUGCUUACUUAAAACAAGUUGAGCUUUGGAUUGCUAAGCAGGCUUGGAUAAGCCCGCGCGUACUCUGCCUGAUUGGAAACUUUUUUGAAGAAUGUGUGAAAGACAAGCAUAUCUGGUCCCUUAUGAAGCCUCAUUCUGAGACACUGAUUACCCAUUUCAUUUUCCCUCAGUUGUGCUUCACUGCUGCAGAUGAAGCUCUCUGGCUUGACGAUCCUGUUGAAUAUGUUCACGCCAAGAUUGACAUGCUGGAAGACUUUACAAGCCCCUCCGCUGCUGCCGUUAAUUUUUUGACUGUCAUGGCUCGCUAUCGUCAGAACGCUUUCAUGCAAACCCUCACGCUUGCUAAUAAUGUUCUUCAAAAAUACAGUGAAGCGUCUACUGAUUCAAAGAAUCCCAGAGAAAAGGAUGGCGCUCUAGUUAUGAUUGGUGCUUUGUCGACUUUGAUCCUGCGCAAGAAAUCAUUGGCGGGCAUGAUGGAGCCUCUCUUUGUCAAUCAUGUCUUUCCCGAAUUAAAGAGCCAAUAUCCUUUCCUUCGCGCUCGUGCCUGCGAGAUGAUCAAUCAAUUUAGCGAUUUGGAUUUUAAUGAUAAAAAUAAUUUGGCGAUUGCAUUUGCUGGCUUGAUGGAAUGCCUCCGUGAUCAGGAGCUCCCGGUUAAAGUUACUGCCGCUUUGGCUCUUCGUCCUAUGAUCCGUCAUGAGGUAGUCUGUGAAGCUAUGAAACCUCAUCUCAAAUUUGUCAUGCACGAGCUGUUGGCCAUGACUAGCCAAAUUGAUGUGGACACAUUAGCGGAAGUCAUGGACGAGUUUGUUGAGGUUUUUGCUCAAGACCUGGCUCCUUUUGCGGUCCAACUUUGCGAGCAGCUGCGCGACACGUUCUUGCGCAUUUGUGAGGACAUGGACAAAGGAAUUGAUGGACUUGAUGAUCUUGACGACGCUGCACUCGACGAGGCUUCAAACAAGACCAUGGCUGCAAUGGGUGUUCUGAAGACCAUGGGUACUUUAAUCCUCAGUCUUGAGAGCACACCUGAGGUCAUGAAUCAACUUGAGAUGGCGCUCAUGCCUGCUAUUCAGUUCACGCUUCAGAAUGCGAUCCAUGAUCUCUUUGAUGGUGUUUUUGAAAUCAUUGACAGCUUUACGUUCUCGGGUAAGACUAUCUCCCCUAAUAUGUGGAGCGUCUUUGAGCUAAUCUACAAGACCUUCAAGGAGUCUGCUUUGGACUUUAUAGAAGAAAUGCUUCCAUCUCUCGACAACUAUAUCUCAUACGGCAAGGAUGUUGUUAUUAGCAACGAGAAUGUCCAGCAUAUGAUCUAUGACAUUUUUGAGACCGUCAUGAAAAGCGACCGUUUGGGCGAAAAUGAUCGCGUCUCGGGCUGUAAACUGGCAGAAUCUCUAUUGUUGAAUUGCAGGGGACAUGUCGACAAGUAUGUAGGCCCUAUUUUGGCCCUAGUCUUUGAGCAUCUCGCUCCACCAGAGCGCAUCCGGAUGACUGAGUUCCGUAUUCAGGCGGUCGAGGUUGUCAUGAACGCUUUAUAUUACAAUCCUUCAAUUACACUGCGUAUCCUGGAAGAGAAUGGCUGGACUCAACGCUUCUUGACAGUUUGGUUCACAAGCUUGGACAAGUUAUCGCGUGUUCAUGACAAGAAAUUGUCGAUUGUUGCGUUGUGCUCUAUUCUCAGUGUCCCUGUCGAGCAGCAGCCGCCUGCGCUUCAGAGCGGAUGGUCUCAAAUUUUAAAUGGUAUCUUGAGCAAUUUUGAGGGACUUCCCGAAGCCCAAGCAAAGCGCAAAGAAAUGGAAAAGAUGUACGAUAUCGGAGAUGAUGAGGAUGAAGAGGGUGAGAAUGAUGUGCUUCACCCAGAAGCAGAUCUUGUUGAGGAGGAAUGGGUUGAUGACGAGGAGGAUGUCUUUGACGAAGGCCACGAAUACAUUGAAUAUCUGGCUAAGCAAGCCUCCAAGAAUCGUCCCGCUGAUCGUGAGGAUGACGAAGAGUCAUUGUGGGAUGAACUGGAAGAAGAGCUUUACUUUGAGUCGCCACUGGAUAAUCUGGACCCCUAUAUUCUCUUCCGCGAUGUGUUCACCGCAUUACAACAACAGCACCCAACCUCGUAUAGCGAGCUUACCAAGGCCACAACAAAGGAGCAGCAGGACUUUAUUAUGCAUCUGUUCCAGACAGCCGAAGCAAAUGCCAUCAAAGCUGCUGAGGCUGCCGCAGCUGCUCCCAAAGCAUAAAGGAGUAUCAAGAACAAUGGAUAUCAUUUUAUUAUCAUGAAUUUUUUUUCCCGCAUGUUUAUCAUGGCUCUCUUGACUUUUUUUUUAUCCACCAUUUAGCAUAGUUCAUCUCCCAUUCAUAUACAAAGGUUAAUAAAGAUAACGAAAC